CCCGCCCUGCCCGCCGGUGGCCGCCCUGCCCGCCGGGCGCCCCCUUGCCGGGCGCCCCCGCGCGAGCUCCAGCCAGUGCCGCCGCGGCCGGGGGCUCCGCGCUGCCUGCGCCCCCCCCGCCCCCGCAGACCUGCUGCAGACCCGCCCGCGUCCCCCGCCCCGAGGCCCACCUUCCCGGCCGGGAGGCGGGUGGGACGCAGCUCCGCGCCCCGACCUGCGGGGGCGCCCUGCCUCGCUGCCCAUAGCUGACAUGGCGGCCGCGGCGCGCGCGCCCGCCCCGUCCUCAGCGGGGCCGGCGGCGGCGGCCCUUCCUCGGCCGGCCCGCAGCAGGGCGGCGGCGGCGGCUUCCGGCGAAGCUCUCUUGCCUUCAACAAAGAUGGUGCUCCCCGCGCAGGCUCGGCGGGCACCCGGGCGCCCGGUGUAGCUCCCCACUGCCCUCUCUCUACGUUGCCAGAUGAAUGCCAGAGACAAGCAGCUUUUACGCUCCCUGCGCCUGGAGCUCUGCACAGAGGUGCUGGUGGACGGAGUUGUUAUUCAGUAUCUCUACCAAGAAGGGAUUCUCACGGACAGUCAUGUUCAAGAAAUAAAAUCCCAAACCACCAGUCAGAGGAAAACCAUGAUGCUCCUUGAUAUUCUCCCCACCAGAGGACCCAAGGCUUUUGAUGUGUUCUUGGAUUCCUUACAGGAGUUCCCGUGGGUUAAAGACAAGCUGGUGGUGAAGCGUAAGGAAAUGACAGUGCAAGAUCCUGCAGGAGUGUGGCAGAAGAAGAAUGAAAUAUUCAUGGGUCCUCCUUGGCUGAUUCUCCACUGGGUAUGUCCCAGUAAAGAAAGAAAUGAAGAUAUAACUGAAAUUGCACCAUGUGUUUUGAGGACUUCACCCACAGAUCAGCAGCUGAACAAGCUUGCGAGGAGACUGGGACCCGAAUGGGAGCAUAUAGUUCUGUGCUUGGGUUUGUCCCAUACUGACAUCUAUCGAUGUAAAGUCAAUCACCCUCACAACCUGCAGUCACAGGUUGUAGCUGCAUUUGUCCUGUGGAGACAGCGUUUGGGGAAAAAAGCAACAAUCCAAUGUUUGCAAGCUGGUCUGAUGGCAGAAGAAGUGGAUCCUUCUGUGAUACAGUACAUGCUUGAGUGAAGCCUUGCUUUUGAUUGGGAGCUUUCAAGUACUCUGUUAAAUUAAAUAAAGAGGAAAUGUAUGUUGAAGAUCUGAUGCUUCAAACUGAAAAAAAAAAAAAAAAGCAGUUGGGAGCUGUGGUUUUAUUAAGCUUAAACAUUCCAGUUUUCUGUGGCAUCUUGUGACUUGUAAUUCUUUUCAUGCCAGAUUAAUUUUUAGCAGGCAUUAAAAAAUGGAUCACUUUUUCCUGUUCACUUUGGUACUAUUCCAGUGGGGAUAUAGGGUGACACUUAAAGUCCUUGCAAGCAGGCGGCCCUGCCGUGAGUGCAGCAAGGUUUCUGGUUUCAUUGCAGGAGCAACACUUGUUUUAACCUAUUUUCUGGACUAUGUAGGAGCCUUUUUUACUGCUGUUCCAUGCUCGUUCCCUGAUACCCCUGAAACAAGAAUAAUCACUGUUACUAAUUUAACAAUUUUACAACAGUUAUUGCAGGUGGCUAAUUUCACAUUUAUAAAAGUUUUAGCACAUAUGGUUUCUUGCUAGGGUAGAUGGCUGCCACCUUCAUCUGCCUUUGAAACUGGCCCUAAGUGGAAGUAACAGGAACCAAGUGUGCCCGUGAGAGUUUCUGCUGUUGUUAUUUAAUGGGUGUGGAUGGGCACCAUGUACACGUGCCAUCUUUUAGAAUAGCACAGAUGGGGAGUUCUGAGGGAAGAGACAUGCAGUAGAAAAGUGACCAGGAGAUGGGCAGGAGCAGGCAGAGUGAGAAGGGUCGUAAAAAAUGAGACAGCUUCUAAGCUGUCCAUGUUUGUCUCCACUAAUAAACUGGGAGACAGCCUGGUGCCUGCUGGGUCUUUGUACUGUGCUCUGGAUCCAGGCAGUCUUGUUUCACAGAAGUUUUACUCUUAGGUCAGGUAUCCAUAGGCAUCUUUCUCUGACCACCACGUGCCCAACAGGGUAGUGAAGCUUGCAGGUCCUUUCUGCUCAAGAUGAACUCCCCAGCGCUCUCCUUCCAGCUUGUGCCAUCCACCAGACUCAUUUGCUUUUUACCAGCUUUUGUGCACCUAAUGGGGGCAGCUUUGACACGUCUGUCCCCAGUUCUUUGCCAGCUGUAAUUGUACCAGCAGCGAUAAAUGGAUUUUGUCCAGAAAAACACUAAAGCUUGGGCUUUUCUCCUCCUUCCCUCCUGUCAAGGAGAUUUUUUUCCUGCUGGAAGCAACCACUGAGGUUUUUGCUGGGGAUCGGUCUACAGGGAAUGUAACCAAAGGUGAAGGAAGUGACCAGCUGCUCUCUGAGCCCUGAUGAAAGAGGCAGAAUAUGUUUUAAUUCUCCCUGAGCUGUUUGCUGUACAGUAGGUGAGGAACAAUGUUUGGAUGUAGGGUUUCCAGGUUUAUUUGUGAGCAAGUUGCGGUAGACUUUUUCAUCUACAGAGUCAUUGCAAGUAAAUUCUCAUCCUCCAGGAUCUACCCUAUAUAAUUUAACAACUUAACAGCCUUGUCAGAAGUCUUUAUUGGGGCAAGAAUGAACUUCACUGCCUUUCCAUAUUUAUUUAUUUAUUUAUAUUUUUUCCUAUACCCAGAUUUUGGAAGACAUCCAGGAAAUUAGGAAAGACAAAGAGAUUUUAAGGAAAUCCUGUCUGCCUCUUUUUUCAGAAGCAUGAAAGCAGAGAACGCAUCCUUGCAGGAUCAGCUCCUGCAGGUCCCAAAGCAAUCUGGUGGUAUUUUGGUUUUAGUCUUCUGUAUGCAGUUCUGAUCUUCAGUAAACAAUGAUCCUGUUAUACCUCACUCAGAUCUCAACUAACCAUAUCCUAUUAUGGCUGCUUAUAGAGUUUAAGUGUAUCAACAAAUCCCAAAUAAACAAUGCAAAUCAAUUUAGGCCUUAGGAUUUACUUUUCUGUUUCAUGAUGCUUUAAUGCCAGAUUAUUAUUUUUUUUGGUUGAAAACCAUCCUAGAGAGGUGUACAGAGAUUGGGCAAAUCCAUAUGAUCAUGGCCCAGCUUAGGGAGUGUGACGAAAACUGAAGCAAUUCCGCCAGUGAGAUGGGCAGGAGCACAUUCUGCAUGUUAGGGACAAGGGGCACAUGAGUGUCUCUGACAGUGGUUUGGAGGAACAAAAGCUGGAGAUAGGGAACAGGUGAAAAUACUGAAAACACGAUUUAGAGGAAGCAGCUGGCUCCCAGUGACAUAAAUAUGAGUACCUCAUCUUGUUCUGAGCCAGCACGGACCAAGCCUUAACACAGACUGAUCUCCAAAGGAGUCAUCCCCAGUUAACCCAGUGUGAGCAGAGUACUCCAGGAAGGCAACCAGUCCAGGUGGUAAAGCAGUGUAAUGGGUACACUCAUGGGGCCCCGGUUCACCCCACCUUCUUUGGGUGAACUUUGCAUUUCAUGUUCUUCAUUUGUAAGGCCAAUGUCAGUUAUCUGUAACUGAAAUAUUAAGAGUCUUUUUAAUGGCUAAGAGAACAGCCUGCAGUAAGUAUGAAGUGCCAUGCCAAAGAAGCCUUCCUUACAAGUCAUGUACCCUUCUGUGUAUCUACUAUGGGCCAGUGGAAACCUGGUGGGUAUCAUAUCAGUUAAUUUCUCCCUUUAAAUUGGUCUUUUAAGUCAGCUGAAUUGUGCAUCCCAGCAGUGGUACUGAAAUUACAGAAGCCACAGCUAGACAAGGAAUUUUAAACCUGGCCUCUCAUAUGGUAGAACAAAGCACUUAAUUCAUAGUUACUUUCACAUUCCCAGGCCCUAAAUUAAUGCUGUAAUACUUGAGUUGCAUAUAUUGAAGGGAGAGGUUUACUUAUUUUAUGAGAUUGUUUCCAUUGCUGUUAUUUUUAAAUUCAUGGAAAUGUUCCUAUUAGACUCUUCAGUUUUAUUAAAGCUUGUUUUUGCACCACACAAAUGCAGGGACACGUUUAACUUGACAGUAGUAUUCCUUUAACCCAGUGGAUUUUUCCAUCCACUUAAAAGUAUUUGUCCUCUGUAUGUAAUGCUUUAUUUUGCACAAGGAUGCAAUUAAACAAUUCUUCUGAUGUA